AGGACGAAGAAGAAGAAGAAGAGAAGGAGCAGUGGUGGAGGCCGCAGCAAGGACCCAGCGGGAGCCGGCGCCCCCCUGCGGGCAGCAGCGUCAUUGCACACCUUGACCUCGACUGCUUCUAUGCGCAGGUGGAGAUGCUCCGGGCCCCGGAGCUCAGGGACAAGGCCUUGGGGGUGCAGCAGAAGUCCCUCGUGGUCACCUGUAACUACGAAGCCCGGCGCCAUGGGGUGAAGAAGUUGAUGUCCCUCAAAGAGGCCACGGAGAAGUGUCCUCACUUGGUGCUGGUCAAUGGAGAAGACCUCACUCCCUAUAGGGAGAUGUCCUACAAGGUCACAGAGCUCCUGCGGGAAUAUUGUCCAUUGGUGGAAAGACUUGGCUUGGAUGAGAACUUCCUGGAUAUCACAGAUGUGGUGGAGCAACGCAUAGGCUGCUUCCAUCCAAGUGGAUGGGCUGGGAUCCGUGUCUCAGGCCAUGUCUACAAGGACCAAGCCAUCAACGUGCAGGAUCCAACCCAUCGUAAGCUUGCCAUUGGAUCCCAAGUGAUGGAAGAGCUCCGGGAAUGCCUUUACUCCACGUUGGGCCUCACCAGCAGCGCUGGGGUGGCCACCACCAAGUUCUUGGCCAAGGUGGUCUCUGGGACCUUCAAACCCAACCAACAAACCCUGCUCCUGCCCCACAGCACCCAGGAGCUGCUGAGGAACCUGGGGUCCAUCCGGAAGGUGCCAGGCAUUGGCUCCAGGACUGCGGAACGCCUGGAAGCAUUGGGUGUGAAGACAGUGGUGGAUCUCCAAAGGUUUCCAUCUGCUGGCUUGGAGAAGGAGCUGGGAAUUGCGCUUGCUCAACGGAUCCGGAAGCUUGGCUAUGGGCAGGAUGAGGCCCCUGUGACACCAUCGGGACCUCCUCAGUCCUUUAGCGAUGAAGAUUCCUUCCGGAAAUGUUCCUCAGAGGCAGAAGUCCAGGAGAAACUGGGAACGAUGCUUCCAAGCCUCUUGGAAAGAAUCCGCCGGGAUGGGAGGCAACCACGCACCAUAAGGUUGAGCAUCCGCCGCUUCUCCUCAUCAGGAAAGGGGUUCCAUCGGGAAUGCCGUCAGUGCCCUAUCCCACCGCAUCUCCUUCCCAAAUUUGGGAAAGAUCCUGGGAGCCUCCUCUCCCCCUUGGGGAGCAUCUUAAUGAAGCUCCUGCGGAAGAUGAUCCCAACAGAGCUCCCAUUCCACCUCACCCUCCUCAACGUCUGCUUCUCCAACCUCCAGGAGCUUCCCACCAGGAAGGGUUCCAUUGGCUUCUACCUCAAGGGCAAGGGCCCAGCACCUGCUUCUGGCCAAGGAGGGAGUGGGAAGGAAGCUGCAGAUUCCCAAGGGAAGGGGAGCGCCUCUUGCAGCGGAAUUCCCAACAGCAGGAAGCUUCUGGAGGGAGAGGAAAGCCCACGAAGACCUGGAACAAUUCCCUCUUUUCCACCCAUUGCCCAGGAAGUUCUUCCAGAAGCUCUUAAACAAGAACUCCCUUCCCAGCUGGAAUUCCAAGCUGGGAAUGUUCCCGCUCAGCCCUCACUGCCUUUUCCCAAAGAGAUCCCAAACCCUUCCCAAAAUCCAAUGGGAUUAAGCAGUGCUGUUCGCCCUGCAGGGUGUACUAACCCUGUAGGAGCAACACAGGCCUUUGAGUAUCCCAGCAGGACAGGGGUCAGGAUGGAGAAAGAGCCUCCAGAAGCUGGGAUCAUCCUGACUGGGUCAUGUGCUUCUAGCUGGGAUAAGGAGGCCCCUGCAGCAGCAUCAAUGGAGCAAACCCAUUGUAAAGAUGUAGUAAUUCCUCCUGAUGUGGAUAAGGAGACUUUCUAUGAGCUCCCUGUGGAUGUGCAACGGGAAUUGUUGGCCCAAUGGAAGAGUGGAUCCCAAAGGACGGAUAAACCCUUGGGAAAGCUGAAGGCAAGGAAAAGGAGGAGGAUGGAAGUGCCCUGUGGCUCUAACAGCUUGUGGAGAUACCUUAAACCCCGAGAAGAAGGGUUCGGAAGGAGGGAAGCAGCUCUCGGAAGCGCUUUACACCUGGAAUGGGGUGGUAGUAAAGAGGAUGCUCCAACUCCAGCCAUUCCCUUCCCAAAGAGGCCAUAACCACGGUAUAAACCCAUAGUAAUCACAGUGUAGACCUAUAGUAAUACCAUUGUAAACCUGUAGUAACCACGUCCCAAAGCAUUCCCAAUGGCGUUCAGAGUGGGUGUUCCUGUAUCAUUCCCACCUGGAGCAAAGCAGGAGUUGCUGUGUAACACUUCCCUGUGGUGUGGAUCCAUCUCAACCCCAAUGUAAAUCCAUUCCUCCUUGGAUAGUGGAUCCAGGGGGUUGAGAAGUGAAUCCAAGGGCAAAUUCCAUGCGGAUGCAGGGCUUGAGGUGCUGCUUCUCUCCACAAAGCACCUCAAGGCCAUGGAAUGCAAGGGAUUACAAGAGGUGGGAAAGCAUCCUCCAGAUGAAAAUUCCUAAAGGAAGAGUUACUCCAAGGUGCAUGAGGAAGAUUCCCACAUGGAUCAUGGCUGGAAAACCUGGAUCACCCCUGCAUCCCUGGUGUCCUCCCUCCUUACUCCCUGGAGCAGCUGCUACUCCCAGCCCUAUUCCAUCCUUUACAGGGAGCAUUCCUACAGCUCUGCAUUGGAAGCCUUGGAAGCAUACAUUGAGGACUUCAACCUGAGCCAAGCGUCUCCCUGUGGAAGCAUGGGGAAGAUCUGCAUCCAUGGGAGCAUUCCUAAGGAAAUCAGACUUUCCAACCACUAUGCCAAGGAAAAACAAGGCUUCCUCAGGCCUCCCACGGCCUUGCUGUAUCCCUCAGAGUUAUUCAGACCUCAUGU